GAGCCAGGCAGCACCUUUCCAACACACACACAGCCAAGGCAGGCAGGAGGAGAGAGAAGCAAAGAGAGAGAGAGUGAGAGAGGCAGAGAAAGAGAUGGGGGUAUUUGGAAGGGCGUGGCUAGCCAACUGUCAGUCACUGGCGGUUACCACAGAAAAUGGGCGUGCUCAAAUACCGGGACAGCCAAUGGUAAGCGACGCUGCUUGUGUCACCAUGGUGACGGGGCUGUACCCAGGGAGGUUGUGAUGGGUUGACAGGUGCGUGACAAUCGGAGCUCUCUGCAAGCAUGUACGCCAAAGGCAAGAGUAACAACGUGCCGUCCGACAGCCAAGCCAGAGAAAAGUUAGCUCUCUAUGUGUAUGAGUACCUGCUGCACGUAGGGGCACAGAAGUCAGCACAGACCUUCCUCUCAGAGAUCCGAUGGGAGAAGAACAUCACAUUAGGAGAGCCCCCAGGAUUCCUCCACUCUUGGUGGUGUGUGUUCUGGGACCUGUACUGCGCGGCCCCGGAAAGGAGAGAGACAUGUGAACAUUCUAGUGAGGCCAAGGCCUUCCAUGACUAUAGUGCAGCAGCAGCUCCCAGUCCCAUACUUGGCAACCUUCCCCCAGGAGAGGGAAUGCCAGUGGGACCCGUACCUCCAGGAUUCUUCCAGUCGUUCAUGUCGCCUCGUUACCCUGGUGGGCCCAGACCUCCUCUCAGAAUACCCAAUCAGGCAAUGGGGGUCCCUGGUAACCAGCCUAUGCUACCCAGCGGAAUGGACCCCACGAGACAACAAGGGCAUCCAAAUAUGGGGGGGCCCAUGCAGCGAAUGACUCCCCCCAGGGGGAUGGUCUCUCUUGGGCCACAGAACUACGGUGGAGGGAUGAGACCACCUCUCAAUGCACUGGUUGGCCCUGGGAUGCCUGGCAUGAACAUGGGCCCUGGUGGGGGUAGACCUUGGCCAAAUCCUCCAAAUGCCAAUUCGAUCCCAUACUCCUCUGCGUCUCCAGGGAGUUAUGUGGGUCCACCAGGAGGAGGGGGGCCACCUGGUACUCCAAUAAUGCCCAGCCCAGCAGACUCAACUAACUCUGGUGACAACAUGUACACCCUGAUCAACACAGUCCCUCCUGGUGGAAACAGACCAAAUUUCCCAAUGGGUCCAGGUGCAGACGGUCCAAUGGGAGGGAUGGCAGGAAUGGAGCCACAUCACAUGAACGGGUCGCUAGGGUCUGGAGACAUGGACAGCCUCCCCAAGAACUCACCUGGUAACCUGAGUCUGAGUAACCAGCCGGGGACCCCCAGAGAAGAUGGAGAGAUGGGUGGCAACUUCCUCAACCCCUUUCAGAACGAGAGCUAUUCUCCAAACAUGACCAUGAGUGUGUGAAGGCUUCGCCAGCUGGUCAGUUAGUGGUGUGGAUUGGUGGAACGCACAGAGACAGGAUGUGAUGUCAUCUAAGCUCCCGGCUCUUCCUCUCUGUGAUAUCUCUACCAGGACAGUGGACCUAGGCGUCAUUCUCCCCUUGGCCUCUUCUUCUUUUCUGUUUCCUCCCCAUUUUACAUUUGUGACCUGCUUUGCUCAUCAACACCUACCAUCAGAGACUGUAUAAAGAAACUGAAAUAAAACAUCUCUGAAUAUUUAUAAAUGUAUGUCACUGCACACUCACAGUUGUGCUAAGUCUGUUAACACAGAAAUAUGUACCAUCUUGUGGAAAAGAAACUGAAAACCCUCAAGUGUAAAGAAAUUCGAGAGGAUAGCGUUCUGGCCUGUCUCCCCACCUGCAGUUGUUAUGUCUUGAUUUGGAUUAAUUAUAUUGAGAUGUCAACUUCAUUCUCAUUGGAUACACAACCUGGAAUAAAGCCUAUGUGGGACUGGAACUGGGCAACGGCUUCAGUGAUUUGAGAUCUUGGUCCCACAGUGAACAUUCACCAAGAGCUCUUAUUUUAUUUUCAGCUCCAUACACUUGGAUUUGAUGUGCUAUGUUGACUGCACAGAGAGAGAGAGACAAUGGUGAAUUAGAUAUGAGACAUAAAUGCAGAUAUCAUUCUUGUAUCUAUGUCUUGACCAGGAACAUCAACACCUACAAAACAGAGAUUCACCAAUCUAACGAUUACACAUCUGACAUGGAGAGAACAGAGAGAAUUCAAGUGGUUGGUUUUCUGCCUUUUAAAAAUGAUGCAACCUGUUAUGAUUGUUCAAUUAAUGCAAAACUGUAGAUUUUUUUAAACACCUGCUUUGAGGAGAUAAGGGCAUGGAUAAAGCUAAACUUCCUUCAAGUUAACAGCAGCAAAACCGGGGCUCUACUUGUUGGCAGCCCCCACCAGGUCCAGCACUCACCAAAAACACACCUGACCAUAGCAGGACAGAACAUCCCUCUCUCCCCCUUAAUUUACAAUCUGGGUGUAAAGCUUGAUUCCUCCCAGACCUUUGACAGCCAGAUCAAACAACUUUGUAAAGCCAAGCGUCAUUCUAUCACCUCAAGACCAUUGCCAAACUCUCACCCUUACUCAGACUAACGCAGAGAAACUCAUCCAUGCCUUUAUCUCCUCAAUGCUGGACUACUGCAACACACUUCAUCGGGAUUCCUGGCAGGAGUCACCUGAAGCUCCAAUAUACCCAGAACAACGCUGCCACGAUCCUGAUGAGAGUGCGGAAACACCAUCCCAUCACCCCCAUCCUGGCAUCUCUGCACUGGCUCCCCAUCUCAUUCCGGUUUGAAUUCAAAACCCUCCUGCUUAUCUCAAAUAACUGCUCUCCCUCCAUAACUCCACCCGCAGGUCAAGCGAUAGCCUGCUCCUCCACGCCCCCAGGACCAAUCUCCGCUCCAUGUGGAUCAGGCUUUCAGCUUGACCGCCCGAGCCUCUGGAAUGCUCUCCAUGACCACCUGAAGGCACCACAGACUCUGGGCUCCUUUAAAAUGGGCCUAAAGACCUUGCUCUGUAGGAAGGCUUUCUGUUGAUAGCUGUGCUCCUUGGUGUCCUUGUCCCUUGUAGCGUUAUCUGGGUUAAUUGUGUCAGUUGCCCUGUCUUGUGUCAAUUUGUAUUUUUUAUUUUAGGCAUUUUGAGAUUAUUCUGUAUAAUGAAAAGCGCUUUACAAAUAUCAAAAAAUAUCUUGAUGAAAAAAGGAAGACAAAAACUGCAACAAUGGUUGACAAUGGUUGUAGAGGGUUUGUGUGAAGGUAUUCUUAAAGGUCCAAUGCAGUUGUUUUUAUCUCAAUAUCAAAUCAUUUCUGUGUAACAAUUAAGUACCUUACUUCAAUAUUUAACAAUUUAAAUGGUUAAAAAAUACAAAUCUAGUUUGACUGCACUGGGCCUUUAAAAACACGGAGUUAAAUCAUUCUCUUAAUUUAUUAUUGUCAUCCGGACAAACUGUGAUCUUAAUGUAUUUUGGAGAGUUUGUGUGGAGGUGAAAUACAGUAGGUGUAUCUCGUAUUGUUUUAAACCUAAUCCUUAGUCCAUGUUAGAUUAUUACGAUAUUAUUUAGAGGUGGAUUUUACUACUCCCUCCCAUACGUAUACCUGUAAAGCUCACAAAUCUAUCUCCUCUAUGUUUUAUGUAUAUUAUCUUACAAAUGGACAGAAAGAGAGAGGGGGAUGGUGAACUAGAGGACACCAGUACAGAGCCUUUUGUUUUCAUGUUAGUUCAAAGUCACAAAUGUAAAUACUGAAAGAUGCAUUUGUAAAUUUGAACGUUCUACAUUUUUUAUUCCACAUUUUGUUAAUGUUUGUUUCCAUUUGUGACGUGUUCAUUUUCUUUUUUCUUUUUAAAAAUCUUGUGUUAUGUUUUGUAAAUACAUAGAAAUAGAAGUACUACAUGGGUUUUGAAUAUGCUGGUAUAAAGCUGAUCUUCUCUCAUUCAACAUGUUGAUUCCUUGUCUGUAUGUGUACUGUAUGUGUUUGUGUAGGCUAUGCCCACUGGGCACACCACAUCAUUUCAAUGUGGAAAUUUGGGUAAUAUUUGGUUGACAUUGAUCAGUGAGAUUUCAACCUUUAAUCACCCACUUAAAAAGAGAGAAGUUUGUUGAAUUCCCAAUGUGCUAUCACUUUGAUCUUAAUCAUCUAAAACACAACCAAAUUACAAUGGAAAAACAAUGUCAGAUUUGUGGUUUAGUUGGUCAUCUAAAUGUGUUAUUACUGCACUUUCAAGCAUUUAAAAGCACAACAAAGUUAAAAUGGGAAUACUACACUGAACAAAAAUAUAAAUGCAACAUGUAAAGUUUUGGUCCCAUUUUUCAUGAGCUGAAAUAAAAGAUCAAAAUGCU